UACUCAUAAACGUCAAAAAUAUUUACUCCGACGUAUUAAGUUACUGAAUAACAGCGCUACUCGGGGAAAGCAUUUAGUUCAGAGAAACGGCGAAAAAUCGAAGCGCGGCCGCUAUAUAUGAUACACCCACCCUCGUCCGAUCUCGUCUGUUUUUCUUUUCUUUAUUUUUUUUUCUUUUUCUUUUCUGUUUUUUUUCCACCUGAAUAACGAAGGCUGAAGAUCUUGGGCAGCCAUUCGAGAGUUCAUUUAUCAUAACGUGUGCUGAGAAAUUCAUCGCUCAUUCAUUCAUUCCGGACCUCUUGGCCGAUGAUCGCUAUUAACAAAAAGAGACUGGUUAAUAGCUAGGCGCCGAUUUCCCACGAAUUUUGUGUGUGUCAGUUUUGAGUGUCGGCUAUAUGAUGAGAAACGACUUCGCGCAUACACUGCGGACAGGCAGGUACUGACGCAGAGACUUGUAACCAGGUAUGCGGUGUUUUCGUGACGUAACGUCUUGCCGUAGCCUUUUUCCCGGUGGCAGUGCCCGCGGUCACGUGUGUCAUAAACCAAGAUGGCUUUUAAACACAGACAGUAAUUGCUAUCAGUGGUUUUAAUGAACUCUUAAGAGGUCUAUCGGAUGGUUAUAGGACGGUGAGAGCGUUUUCUUUCUUUUUUUUAAAAGAAGAAGAAGAAAACGUAGGCCCUAUCAGUUAACUUCCUGGUUUUUCUGCCCCGGGACGGAAAGUUGAACUGAGCGAAAAAAAAAUGUUCGAUGGUUCAUUCGAAAAUCCCCUUUUGCCGUUGGCUGGCGGAUUAUGAAUUGUGUCUUGCAUUUGACGUCGAUUCGUCGAGGUUUCGUGUUUUCGUUUGUCUAACAUGAAUUCAGAGUUUGAAAUCGGAGGCUGCGCGGUUUUGCAUUUGCCAGACAGCUUCAUCUCAGCAUCGACAGCUAAUUUGCGCACCCCCAUUGACAAGCGAGAAAGCAAAGAGAACCAAAUUAUGAACGGGGAUGCCGAUUAUACACUGUGCAAUCUCGAUUCGCACUCGUACGCGAACAGUUUCGCAAACUCUGAUGUUCCAGCGAGCAUUUACGGAUUUGCCAAUCUCAACAACCGGGCCUUGGACACGGGCCAGAGCUACUACUCCGACCCCUCCCUUACCUCCCUGACCGGCGGAGGGGGCGACCUCUCCCUGGGUAACGGCCAGACCCUCGCGUACCCCGUCUCCCCCGGUGUCUUGGCGGCCCGUGGGACGAGACAUGUCGGAGGAGGGUACGCCCUGGGGGUCGGGGAUCUGUCCGUCCCACAGGUCGCCGACUGUUACAUGCCGAACGGGACCGCCGCUGGACCGGGGUGUGUCGAGUUGGGGGUGAGGACGACUUAUGGAAAUGGCGCGGAGCAAAUGCGGCACCAUGGGGUCGGGUCAACGGGUGUCUCUUACCUCCACCAAAGUAGCGGCGGCGCCCCUUUGAAGUCGGAACAGUGUGGCCAGCAGAAUUCCGGGGGAAGCAAACCGUUUCGAUGGAUGACCAUUAAACGAAAUCCUAAUAAACCAGCUGGGAAGCCUGGCGAAUAUGGAUACACACAAACGACGCAACAACAACAACAACAAAAUGGCGGCGCUUCCGGUAGGACCAACUUCACAAAUAAACAAUUAACGGAACUUGAGAAGGAAUUUCACUUUAACAAAUACCUCACGAGAGCCAGGAGGAUUGAAAUAGCCGCCUCCCUUGGACUAAACGAAACACAGGUGAAAAUAUGGUUCCAGAACCGCCGGAUGAAGCAGAAGAAACGCAUGCGCGAGAUUCAGUUUGAAAAGUCCAAUGAGUGCAGCCUGGGACUUGAGGGUUUGACUGUACCAAAUUUAGCAUUGUGCCAUGACGCGAGAUAAACCGGGAGAUAGAGACAAACAGAGAGAGGGGGAAAAAAAGAUCUUUUGUUUAUAUUCUUUAUGUGAAAAUGGUGAUUUUUGGAAUUAUAUUAAUUCUUUGGAAUUUACAAAGAGAAUGUGUUCAUAUCACGGCGAAAAGUAAAAAGGACAUCAGUUUGUUACAACAGCGCCCUCUGUAGGGUGAAGUCAGAUUGUGACAACAGGUCCGUCGUUUAGGAAUGAACUCGGCCUGAAACAACAGCGCCCUAUGUUGGAGAUAAAGAUGGAUUGUUAUGACAGCGCCCUCUAUUGGGAUGAACUGAUUCUGUGAUAACAGCGCCGUCUUUUGGGAGUGAAUUCACGUCUGUGGUGAAAUAGAAAAGUUGAGGUAUUGCCAGAAUGACCACCGUUCCCACCGACGUAAUCUUCCCCCCCCCCCCCCCCCCCCCCAACACACACACACGGUGGGCACAGUAAAGACCUAACCAUGGACUGAGUAUGCGCUGUUUGUAUGUGUAGUCCAGAAACUCUACAGACAUUCCAAGAAAGGAUCCAGGGGUGUGCAAAAUAGCGUGCACGCUUCACCCUUAGACUUUUGCUUCGAAUUAAUGUUAUUCCGAAAUGGACAGUCCAGUUAAUUUUAUGGAGUCAUCUAUGAAAAUAACAACAAGUUGAUUCUUUAGACAGGUGCCUGCUUAACAGAGGUGAUUAUCGGACGCUGUUUCACUGGAUACCAUGUUUAUUCUAAAUACGAUGGACUGUAACAAAAGCAGUGAUUGGUUAUUUGAAGGACUGUAACAAAAGCAGUGAUUGGUUAUUUGAAGGACUGUAACAAAAGAGUGAUUGGUUAUUUGAAGGACUGUAACAAAAGCAGUGAUUGGUUAUAUGAGAGACAAAAGUAAGCAUUGGUUUUGGUGCUUCAUUUACGCACCCACACGAAGCAGGCUUUGUUCCUGUCAUGUACAGAACUAUCUGGCGAAGUCAGAGGUUGUGCUCACGACAGGCGUGCUUGAACAGUUCUCUGGGCCCGUGCCUAUAAAACGUUUAGAGUCCAGACUCAGUCUCUAAUGACGUCACACUCAUACAAUUGGUAUGGCAUUGUCAUGACUUUAGGGUCUAGACUAAACGUUUUAUAAGCAACAGGUAGGAUGAAAGCAAGUUCCGCUCGGGUUGUGAUUGUUACGUCAUAAGCGUCAUACGUCAUAACGCCUGAAUGGAUUUUUACGUCAUAGGCGUCAUACGUCAUAACGCGGAAUCUGACUGUUAUGUCAUAAGCUGUGUUUCCUCUGUCCCAGCUGUUUAAAUAUAAGUUGAUCGGAGUAAUGCAGUAUUGGGGCUUGUCAGAAUCUGAUCGCAAAUGAUUUUUUAUACAUGUAAAAUUAUGUUCAGGGUAAAUUUGCAACCAAAAUCCACACACAAAAAAAUUUGCG